AUGAAGAGGCCGAGCCCGGUCGAGACGGAGCUGGGCGAGUGCGUGAUCUGCCUGGACCGCGAGCGGUCGCGCGCGUUCUUGCCAUGCGGGCACCUCUGCGCCUGCGCGGACUGCGCCACCUUCAUGUCGGCGCGGGGCGACAAGUGCCCCAGCCCGGCAUCACGCCAUGGCUCCUUCUCGUCCUUCUUGUCCGUCGUGGCCACAAAAGCGCCUUCGUUCCUGAUGUUCUGCUUCAGCGGAGCACUAUGCGAGACGCUGGACACCGUCCUGCAGAAUCGGUCGCAGUCCCUCGCAGGCGUGGCCGAGGGUGUGGCGACGGCACCCGCGGCCGUCAAACUGGCCAGGAAGCUCGGCGUGGACACGCCGGUCGCCGACGCGGUGGCCGCCGUCAUCUCCCAGAGCAUGGGCGCGCGAGAGGCGAUGAUGAGCAUGAUGCAGAAGCCGCCGCGGGGGGACUUCUCCGCGGACGGCCACCGCGCGGAGACGGCGAUGGAGAGCAAGAAAGGCUCGCUGCUUGGCCUGCCCCCCGUGGCGUGGGCGGCGCUGGCGGCGGCGGAGGCCGCUGCGCUGGCGUGCCUGGCGGUGUGGGCAGCGCGGCGCCAGAAGUGA